AUGUCCAUUGAGCGUACCACCGAAUUGGCAAGGCUUCGACAUAAUAACAACAACAACAGCAAUAGACACACCAACCACAACAACACGACCAUGACCAGUGCUCCCUACAAAGAUAACGACGAUCUAGGUUCGGAUACCUCGAGCACCGGUUCCUCCAGUUCAUCCGACGAUAAACCAUCCUCGCGGAAUAGAUCGAGUAGUGCCAGUGCUGCCACGUCUUCUCUCUUUGGACAGCAAAAACAACAGCAACAACAUCAAGAAUCAUACCACGAAAACGAUGAUGAUUACGACGACGAUCAAAAAGGAUUGUUGUCCAAUAUGGUCGGCAGUCGAAAAGAACGAGGCUACUAUGAUGAUAACUACGACGAUGACAUUGACGGCAGUAAGAAGCCAGAAGCCUCGCAAAAACAACAAAAACGACAACAACGACGCAAAGUGGCCGCCGGAGUUGCCGGAGCGGCGGCGGGAUUGGUCAUGCUAGGACCUUGUACGGCUGUAGCGGCAGGAGUUGCGGGAGCCUAUCUCAUUCGUCGAUUUGAUAAGAAAAAGCAACAAGAAGCCAAAGAAAAUACCAACAGCAGCGAACACGAACUCGCAUCCUUGAUAUCGCCUUCCAGAGCGGAAGUUUGA